AUGUACUAUCUGGAUGGGAGGGUUCUGCUUCUGAUUCUCGUGUUCUACGAGAAGCUUUGGCCAGGGAUAAUUUGUUUCAAGUUCCAAGUGAUAAGUACUAUCUUGUGGAUGUCGAAUAUGCUAAUGAACCUGAUUUUGAAGCACUUUAUUGAGGAACUAGAUAUCACUUAA